GAGGGGGAAGCAGGAGGGUUCACGAAGGCUGGCUGGGGUCGCCCAGUUUCUGUUUGUUUGAAUUCCCUUCUCCGGCUUCUCCUCCUCCUCCUCCUCCAAGCAGGAGGGACAGCCGGGAGCAGCAGAAUGGCGUGUUCCUUGACCCGAGGCCAAGAGGAACAGGUGGCCCGAAAGGCAGGGAGCGCAACAAGCUCAUAACCGCCUGAGUCCUGGGGUAAAAGAUACUGUCCCUCUCCCGGCACUUAAUCCAGCUCCGUUACACCGAGUAUAGAAGCGGGACAGCGCCGUCCUACUUUUAAUCCUCGGCUGGCGGCCCUUGGGGACGGUGGGGACGGGGCUCCCCAACUCUGCACGUUUCUGCGGGACACCAAAGUCUCAGAGAGAGAGAGAGAGAGAGCUCCCGGAAGACAGGAAACCAUGGAAAAGGAUGGCGAUUCUUGCAGUGCUCACGACACCGGAGGCGGAGGAGGAGGAGGAGAAGCGGCGGUGGGUCCACCAGAACUGAAGGAAGAACUGAAAGCCAGCCCUGAAGGGUCCUCCCAGAUCGCUGAAGGAAGUAGCCCCCCAAGUGGAGCCCAAGGAACGGAGGAAAGCCACGGCCACGCCGGUGAGCCGAGCGCUGUCGAAGCCGGAGCGGGACAGGGCCCGGGGGAGGAUGCCAAGAGAGAGGCGGAAAACCAAACACACCCAGAAAGCGCCCAACAGAAGCACCUGCCCCUUCAGCAAAGCUUCAGCUGCCCGGCCAAUGUGCCCAGCUUAGGAGAUAUUCCCGAGGAGACGUCGGAGGGUCCCCAAAAGCAGAACCAGAAAGAUUUCGUUCCCACCUCCGGCCAAGCUGUAGAAUCCAUGCCUGCCGCGGCAGGAGAAGACUCUGGCCUGACGCCGGAGCCCACCGGAGAACCGCCGAGCCCAGCUGAGAAGGAAGCAGAGCGGACCUCGACCGAGCCGCCGAAGGAGGCUCCAGAAAGCACAGGCGCGGAUGCCGGGGUCACGAUCCCUGCAGAGAAGCCCCAACCGGCAGAGCAGCCACCUGCAGAAAAGGGGGAGGCCCCGGCCUCACCGGCAGACCAGGGGGCUCCUCCCGUGCCAGAAUCCCCCUCCAGCCCUUACCUCACGGCGAACUUUGGCAAAGAGGACCCUCUGAUUUUGGACGACACUCCGCCGCCCCCUGCACCUUUCCCCCAUCGCAUCGUCAAACUGAGAACCGGAGAAUUCAAAGACGUCUACAGCAUCAACACCAAGCAGAUGCUGGGAGGGGGGAAGUUUGGGGAAGUUCGCACGUGCACCGUGAAGGAGACCGGCCUCCAGCUUGCCGUGAAAAUUAUUAAGAAGCAGGGGCCAAAGGACACGGCAAUGGCUGAGGUGGAAAUCGACGUGAUGAAUCAGCUCAACCACAGGAACCUCAUCCAGUUAUAUGACGCCAUCGAGACCCCAAGAGAGCUGAUGCUGUUCAUGGAAUUUGUUCCAGGUGGGGAACUGUUUGAGAGGAUCAUUGACGAGGAUUACCAGCUAACGGAGGUGGACUGCAUGGUGUUUGUGCGGCAGAUCUGCGACGGCAUCCUUUUUAUGCACCAAAUGCGGGUUCUGCAUCUCGACCUUAAGCCCGAGAACAUCCUGUGCGUCACCGCCACCGGCCACAUGGUGAAGAUCAUUGAUUUUGGACUCGCCAGAAGGUUCAACCCCAGAGAGAAGCUGAAAGUGAAUUUUGGGACGCCGGAGUUCCUGUCGCCGGAGGUGGUCAGUUACGAGCAGGUCUCCUACACCACGGACAUGUGGAGCAUGGGGGUCAUCACCUACAUGCUGCUGAGCGGACUCUCCCCUUUCUUGGGGGACAACGAUACGGAAACCCUGAACAACGUCUUGGCUGCCAAUUGGUAUUUCGAUGAGGAGGCCUUUGAAGGAAUCUCUGACGAAGCGAAGGACUUUGUCUCCAACUUGAUUAUCAAGGAGAAAAGUGGACGUAUGAAUGCCGCACAGUGCCUCCAGCACCCAUGGCUGAACAACUUGGCAGACAAGGCAAAGCAUGUGAACCGGCGGCUGAAAUCCCAAGUCCUGCUCCGGAAAUAUGUGAUGCGGAGGCGCUGGAAGAAAAACUUCAUUGGCGUUUGCGCGGCGAACCGCUUCAAGAAGAUCACCAGUUCGGGCUCUUUGACCGCACUGGGGGUCUGAUCGAGGGGAGGCGUCCGGACGUUCCUGUCGGCAUCGAGCGAUGUGCCAAUGGAAGGGCGGAGGGGGGAAAAAACCAUCCCCAAAGGGAAGCUUGAACUGCAUUUUGUUUGGAGCGCCCCGUGCAAUCCUGGAAACUGUGCCUCCAAGAGACACACAAACACAACACACACACCCUCUCGGGACCGGCCGGCUGUUUCUGCCUCCCAGGAAGGUGGGCCGAUGCCUGGCUUGAAAACUCUGGAGGGUAGGCACCAUCGGUGUGUCUUACGAAGCUUGUCCUCUUUUCCCUGUGCAAUUUUCCCAGUCGGGGAUCCUGUCCCCCACUGGCCGACGUGAGCCUUCUCCUCUUCUGGUCUCUGCUACUCCCUGGAUAUCCCAACUGUUGUGUUCUUCCCCCGCGGGACUCAGCCCCAUCCUCAAAGCCUGCUUCCGCAGAUGAUCCUUGCUAUCGCACGGCCAUGGCACACCUCACCCAUGCUCCACUCAAGAGGCUUGCGGCUUUCAGUCUGGACCUUUCCCACCACACCACGGUCGACCGAAUCCUCCUGGGCUUCACCUUGACUCUGUUCUCUAACCCCCGUUUGCUACCUUGGCUUUUUGCUCCAGGGGAAUGACGUCUUGAGCUCUGCCUCUGGAGGACCCUGCAGCAGGACCCCCCUCCUCUCUCCCCCCCCCACUGCUCUGUGUGGGCGUUUGCUUUCUUCCAGUUGAGGAAAGGAGCUGCCAAAAAACUGUGCUGUCGAGAUUUUAACCUCUUGAUUAGGAUGAGAACCUCUCCCCGCUUUGCAAAAUGCCUUCUCUAUUUUGGAAAUGAGGCCGGCAACAGAACUGGACCCUGAACAGAACUCUCUUUGUUUAAAAAACACAUCAACCAUGCUUGAAGUGGGAAAAGCCAACUGGACAUAACCCCAGGAGUUUUUCCCAGUCUCCUUGUGCAACCGCUUGCGUUGUGAAGGGGCGUCGGGAGCGAAAUGCCACAUUUGGCUUGCUUUCUGAUUGCUCCCACUGGACUGCCUGGCUGAAACCCUGAAGCUGUCUUCUUCUUUGGAUGGGGUGGCCCGCUUUGCUCGGCCCCUGCUGCCUUGGCUUCGCCAUUUCUGGCAUCUCUCCCUUCUGUGCUUGUCAUGGCAGCCGGAGAAUCCCACCUCGCCCCAACCC